AGUUGGGCUGCUGGAGUGCGGCGCCGCCACCGAGUUCCAGGCCAAGAGGCGGGCGGGUGGUGGGGAGGGUGCGGCGGCCGCAGGGCGCAGGGCAGGGUCCGUCAGCUCCAGCCUCCAGAGGAGCGGCCUUUGCAGAGCUCGGGGCUGGGUCUGAGCCGUGGCAAGGCUGCAGCGCCGCGCACACCAAAGAGUAGGCAGCAGUGGCGGCCCCAACCAUGCUGUGCUAUGUGACGAGGCCGGACGCGGUCCUGAUGGAGGUGGAGGUGGAGGCUAAAGCCAACGGCGAGGACUGCCUCAACCAGGUGUGCAGACGCUUGGGAAUCAUAGAAGUUGACUAUUUUGGACUGCAAUUUACGGGUAGCAAAGGUGAAAGUUUAUGGCUAAAUCUGAGAAACCGGAUCUCCCAGCAGAUGGAUGGGCUAGCCCCUUACCGGCUUAAACUGAGAGUCAAGUUCUUUGUGGAGCCUCAUCUCAUUUUACAGGAGCAAACUAGGCACAUCUUUUUCUUGCACAUCAAGGAGGCCCUUCUGGCGGGCCACCUCCAGUGUUCCCCGGAGCAGGCGGUGGAGCUCAAUGCCCUCCUGGCCCAGACCAAGUUUGGAGACUACAACCAGAACACUGCCAAGUACAACUACGAGGAGCUGUGUGCCAAGGAGCUCUCCAGCGCCGCCUUGAACAGCAUUAUUGCAAAGCAUAAAGAGCUAGAGGGGACCAGCCAGGCAUCUGCAGAAUACCAGGUUUUGCAGAUUGUGUCAGCCAUGGAGAAUUAUGGCAUCGAGUGGCAUUCAGUACGGGACAGCGAGGGACAGAGACUGCUUAUUGGUGUUGGACCCGAAGGAAUCUCUAUCUGCAAAGAUGACUUCAGCCCAAUUAAUAGGAUCGCAUACCCAGUGGUACAGAUGGCCACCCAGUCAGGAAAGAACGUGUACUUGACCGUCACAAAGGAGUCUGGAAACAGCAUCGUGCUCUUGUUUAAGAUGAUCAGCACCAGGGCAGCCAGCGGGCUUUACCGAGCCGUCACCGAAACACACGCCUUCUACAGGUGUGACACGGUCACCAGUGCUGUCAUGAUGCAGUACAGCCGAGACCUGAAGGGCCACUUGGCAUCCUUGUUUCUGAAUGAAAAUAUCAACCUCGGCAAGAAGUAUGUCUUUGAUAUCAAGAGAACGUCCAAGGAAGUCUAUGACCACGCCCGGCGGGCACUGUAUAAUGCUGGUGUGCUAGACCUGGUUUCUAGAAGCGACCCCAGCCCUCCAGGGUCCCCCCUGAAGUCCUCAGACAGCAACCUGAACUGCAACAGCUGUGAGGGGCUCAGCUGCCAGCAGACCCGCGCCCUGCAGGAGAAGCUGCGCAAGCUGAAGGAGGCCAUGCUGUGCAUGGUGUGCUGUGCCCAGGAGAUCAACUCCACUUUCUGCCCCUGCGGCCACACUGUGUGCUGCGAGAGCUGCGCCUCCCAGCUCCAGUCCUGCCCAGUCUGCAGAUCCCGAGUGGAACAUGUUCAGCACGUCUAUCUUCCAACCCACACUAGUCUUCUCAACCUAACCAUAAUCUGAUCGGCUGUGCAUUUAACUGACGUGCCACAUUGCCAUGAACUACACUGUUACGAACUCUAAAAAUAAUGGAUUGUGAAGAAAAGGACUGUUUCAACAUCCAUUUGCCAUAUGAAGUU